ACACGCCUCCUCCUUUACUACCCCCCACCCGCCUCCAGGCAGUGGGAGGAGCCAGCCCGCCUGGCCUGCCUCUCUCGUGAGUGUUAAACAGUGCAGCCAGCCACGGUGCGUGUCAGAGGACUGUCUGUGCUCCCCACGUAGAUGACUGCUUCACAUCUGGUGUCUGUGCUGCUGAAAGAGAGACUAACUGGUCCACGCGUGAUCACCCACAAGUCAGGAUAAGGUUUCUCCAGCGUGGGAAAGGAUGCCGGCGAUCGUAAGUAAAAACUCCGAUAUGGAGUUUGACUCGUUACAACCGUGCUUCUACCCGGAUGAGGACGACUUCUACUUCUGUGGUCCUGACUCCGCGCCACCAGGGGAGGACAUCUGGAAGAAAUUCGAGUUGCUGCCCACUCCGCCCCUUUCCCCGAGCCGAGCUGCGCUACCAGGGGAGCCGGCUGCAGCCUCCCCGGAGGCGGACCCCCUAGGCUUCGGCUUGGGGGACCCACUAGACUGGGCUUCGGAGCUCUUUCUCCUGCCCGAGGACGAUAUCUGGGGGGCUUCCGAUGAUCUGGAUCUGUUCGGUUCUGCUUUGGAUACAAACCCAAACAACAUCAUCAUCCAGGACUGUAUGUGGAGUGGAUUCUCAGCCAGAGAGAAACUGGAACGGGCUGUCACGGAGAAACUGGGCAAGGCUAUUACGAGCGCCACGGUGACGGCUCCUGCUCCGGCGGUGUCAACCGCUGGGCGAGACGUGUGCGUGAAAGCGCCAGAGACUGUGAGCCGCAGCGCGGUGUCAGAGUGCGUGGACCCCGCUGUGGUGUUCCCUUUCCCCGUCAACAAGCACAGCGGCAGCGGGGACUCGAACUCUCGACUCGUGAACAGCAUGAACACAUCCACGAAGGCAGCCCACAGCGACUCAGAAGAAGAAGACGAAGAAGAGGAGGAGGAGGAUGAUGACGAUGAGGAGGAGGAUGAUGAGGAGGAAGAUGAGGAAGAGGACGAGGAGGAGAUUGAUGUGGUGACGGUAGAAAAGAGGCGCUGCACAAUCAGCAAACCCGUGGUCUUAAGCAGUGUCCCCAAAAGCCACGACCAGAGAGGCGCCACCUCCGGGUCGGGUGCGCCAGGCCGCUUUGUCAGUCGAGCCCCGCAGGAGCUCAUCCUCAAAAGGAGCUCGGUGCACCAGCAGCAACACAACUACGCCGCACCGUCACCUUACACGUCAGACGACGACCCGGCGCCGCCUUCCAAAAAGCAGAAAACGUCAGACAGCUCGAGACAACCCACAAGAACCACCUCCUCAUCCUCCUGCGCCUCUGUCGCAUCAGGUCCACGCAGCAAACGCAGCUCCAGCGGGGACAGCAGCCCGCGAGGAGGAUCCGACUCAGAGGACAGCGAACGCCGACGCAACCACAACAUCCUGGAGCGGCAACGUCGUAACGACCUUCGUUCCAGCUUCCUGACGCUGCGCGACCAUGUACCCGAGCUGGCGCGCAACGAGAAAGCGGCCAAGGUGCUCAUCCUCAAGAAAGCCACCGAGUACGUCAGCUCCUUGGAAACGCAGGAGCUGAGGCUCCAGCAGGAGAAGGACAGGCUUCAGGCCCGCAGACAGCAGCUGAUGCGCAGGCUGGAGCAGGCAAGGACUCGCUGACAACGCUGACACCCGCCAUCCACCGCCAAAACAAAACUCACACACCUUCCCGUGGGUGACUCCGCCUCCCCCGCAGCCACCACCAAAACCGCCAGUCUGUAGAUUGGUACACUGUUGUCGGCCUAAACACUUAAGCACAGACACACAAGGCCUGCAUGUACACAAACAUCUCAGAGGACGUUCAUCACACACUAACUUGACGGGGAGGGCGGGGCUUAAAGGAGGGAUACUCGGACUUUCACUGCCGCCACUUUUUUUGCACAUUUGUUGACGUUAAGAAUGUUUAGGGUUUACUUUUUCAAUCCAGUCACAUUGAGGAAAGAUAAAGAACGAGGAAAGAAAAGAAAGAGGCUUUUUUUAUAAAUAUAUAUAUAUAUCAUGUUUUUGGUAUUAUUUGUAUCAUUGGUUUUGUACUCACUGUGACACCAGCCGGGAGUCGGUUGUGAUUCCUACAGGGACCGGUGUUCGAGGGCACUUUGUUUGGAGCGCUCAACUCACUAAGCGUGCACGUGCAAAGACGCCGUGCACACUUCUAACUUUGCCUUCACCACUGCAAAAGCGGACAAACAAAAAAAAAACAAAAA